UAUUUCAUCAUGGCAAACGUUCAAGUAAACAUCCAGUACAUCCCCAAUGCUCAAGGUGGAGAAAACUUAGUCCAUGAAGAAUACAAAUUCCGAGUGAAGAAUAGGAAGGCAGAACGAGUAUACUGGAGAUGUUGUAUAAAAGGUUGUCCAGCAACCCUGAACACCCACCAAGGCUUUAUUACCAAAUAUUCCAGAAACCACAACCAUGUUGCUAACCCACACAAGGUGGCAGUCGACAAAUUUCUCGUUGCCAUGAAAACCAAGGUGCAAGAGGAAACCAAACCAGUCUGUGCCAUCUAUCAAGAAGAAGUAUCAGCCCUUCGAUCUGACCGUGACUCAGGUGAGAUGAUCAGAGAGAUUCCAACAUUCUAUAGUUGCUGUGCUUCCCUGUAUAGAGCCCGAGCAAAGAUCCUCCCAGCACUUCCUCAGACCCGCAACGAUAUCCAGCUUCCAGAUUCUUACACCAAGACCACACCCGGAGACGACUUCCUUCUCCACACAGCAGCCGACAACAGGUUUCUAGUGUUUUCCACACAAGAAAAUCUUUACCAUCUCGCCAAUGCAGACACUAUAUACUGUGAUGGAACAUUUAGCAUGAGUCCUACCUUAUUCACCCAGAUCUACACUAUACAUGCUUUUGUACACAAUAAAAUGUUCCCUUUGGUGUAUGCACUAUUACCCGAUAAGAAGGAGGCAACAUAUGUUGAGUUCCUCAGAUGUGUUAGAGACAAAACAUUGGCACUUGUCAAUGUUAAUCUUAACCCAGGCCAUGUGUUUACAGAUUUCGAAGUUAGUAUGCAAAAUGCUGUGAGAACUGUGUUGCCGAGGUCAGAACUAAAAGGUUGUUUUUUUCACUUUGGUCAGUGUAUUUGGCGCAAUGCGCAGAAAUAUGGACUACAAGCAGAUUUUUUCUCGGGUGCCAGAAAUCAAUAAAAUCGUCAAGCAAGCAGCAGCAUUACCAUUAAUUCCAAUACAGCAGGUUGAAGAUGUAUGGCUGCAUGCCCUUGAUGAUGCACCACUCCAAGAUGCCAGAGUGUUGCAAUUUGCAGAUUACGUAACUGAGUUCUGGGUGGAGGGGCAGCAUGGCAGAAUGAUGUGGAACCAUUUCCACACUGAAGGUCCACGCACAACGAACCAUGUUGAAGGAUGGCAUUCCAA